AUGCGCUUCUCGGUGCUGCUCGUUUGCGUGGUUACUAUUUUGGGGCACGAUGUUGCCGGGUACGCCAACGGGUUCAACUACAACCAGUAUCCUCAGGCGCAGCUGAACGCCUGGACGCAGGCUUGCCGCAGUUUUCAGGCGCAAACUUUGGCCACUCAAGCCCAGCAGAAUGCGUUCUUCGCCAGCUCGUUCCCGCUAGUGCAACUUCCGCCAUUGCCCUUCACGGAUCUUUGUGCGCAACCCGGUUUUGCCACGGCUGGUGCCGGAGCCAGUGCGGGAGGCUUCUCGAGCCACGGUGGCGUCGGAGCGACAUCCUUUGACAACCGAUUCGGUGGUGACGACGGUGGUCAUGGCGGUUCUGGAGUGCAUGGAGUCAGCGUAAGCAGCACUUCGAAUGGAUUUGGUCAGGGUGGCACGACGGUCACACAUUUCGGAAAUGGUGGCGCCUCCACGAACUACAUUCCGCAUAAUAAUGGCGGCAGCUUUUCCACAGCGAAUCGGUUUGGCGGCGGUUCCGGACAGGGCGUGAGCGUUUCCUCGUUUGGAACGAACGGUGGUGGUGGUGGGUUUGCUACGGCAAAUCGCUUUGGUGGAUCUUCCGGUGGCCACGGUGGUACAACGCAUUAUGUCUCGAACGGAGGUGGUGGUUCCGUCAGCUCGUUCGGACCUAACGGUGGCAGUUUUGCUUCAGCCACCCGGUUCGGUGGCUCCAAUGGAGGCGGCCACAGUGGUGGAGCCUAUAGCAGCGGCCACAAUGAAGGUGGUUAUGGCGGUGGUAAUGGUGUCGCUGUGGGUGCCAGCGUGUCCUCUACGAGUCACGGUAAUGGGCAAGGAUCGGUGCAAACGAGCGUUUACAAGAAGCACUACUAAAUGACGAUUACUUCCCUCGAUUGCAAGGAUAAAUGCGCGAAAUUGUGAUCAGAUCACGUCCACUAGUGUUAAGCAUGGUCAUCUGAGUCCCAAAUGUAAACCUUUGGCAUGCCACAUUCAUAAAAUCAGUA